AUGUCCGAGAUGCCAUCACUUUUGCUGUCACCAACAACUACUGCGGAUAUUAUGCCAAUCUUGUUCAUUAGUGAUGAAGAAGAAGAGCCUGAUAUCUACUCGGGCUAUCGUACAUUCCAAUUUAGAAGACUGGAUGCCAUUCUCUCACUUGGGAGCGAUGACAGUGUGCAAGACCCACACUGGGUUCCUCCCUCAGAAAAAAGUAAACGGCGGUUGUCUGUAUCUGACAGUGAAGAUGAAGUCCCAUUGUUGCUAUUAAGAACGAGUGAGCCAAGCUCUUUAGAAAAUAUACUACCGACAGACGAGGACAUUGAACACCAUUUCAGGUCUAAAGAAAACGUUGUGCAAUUAAAUAGAAAAGCUAGAGUUUUAGGUAAAGACAGUUUUAAGCGCUGGACAAAAGAAUCUGACACGGUUAAUGAAGAUCUUCGUUUUGUUGAUUCACCCACACUUGACAUCGAAAAUACAUCGAGUGCAGCACUGGUACCAAAGUAUACACACGUAACACAAAAAGUAAAAAUUUGGAUAGACUUGAUUCCUAAAGUACCAAGUCAUUAUUGCCGAGCGAGUUCCAGCAAGCUGUAUGUUGAGUCGACAUUUAGGUCUGAAAAACACAUGCAUGACGUUUUCGUGGAAUGGUGUAGAGAACACAGUUACCGAGCAGCAAGCAGACCGACUUUCCUAAGAGCUCUGAAACAGGAGAAUAUAGCAAUUCACCAUCCACGCAAAGAUCAGUGUGAUAUUUGUUGUAGUUUUAAAUCGGGUAAUAUUUCACAAAACGAGUAUGAUGAUCACAUAAUUAAAAAGAAUGAAACACGCCAAGCUAAAAAAGAUGCCAUAGAAUCGGCGAACGAAAAGGUUGUAGUAAUCACAGUGGAUGUGCAGAGUGUCCUACUCGCACCUAAGCUUUUGGCCAGCUCUUUAUAUUAUAAACUUAAGUUACAAUGUCAUAACUUUACUGUCUAUGACUGCAAGAAGAGAAAAGUAACUAUUUACUUUUGGCAUGAAGCUAAUGGGGGCGUAUCCGCAAAUGAGUUUACUUCUUGCUUAAUCGAUUAUAUAGCAAACCUAGCGCCGGAAACUGAACAAGUCACUGUAAUUUCUGAUGGGCGUGGCCAUCAAAAUCGAAACCGGAUUUUGUCCAGUUCUUUAAGUGAUCUUUCGCAAAGAAUGAAUAUUAGUGUUGAGCAGUUGUACUUGGAAAAAGGCCAUACCAUGAUGGAAGUUGAUAGUGUCCAUUCAACAAUUGAACAGUACAUUAAACCCCCCAUUUAUGCACCGAGUGACUAUGUAGCUCGAAUGCAGCAAGCUCGACCAAGAAAUCCUUACGAUGUAAAGUCAAUCCACUACGACUUCUUUCUUAAUUAUGAAGAACCAGAAUCCAACUUCAAGUCUAUAAGACCAGGAUACACAUGUGCUAGUUCAUCUGGCUCACAAAUGACAGAAAGCAUUGAAAUUGACCAAGAUCCCUCCAUAACAAUAUUGGAAGCAGAAUCAACAGAGCCAAACAAGGAUAAGCGAAUGGGCAAAAAGACCAGCGUACGGCCAAGUGUCGCUCGCAAGCAGGGAUGCAGAGUAAAAGGGAGAUUUUCAAAUGCAAAUAAAGAAAAUAUUCCUGCAAGAAUGAAUAUGUCUGAAUCGUCAUCGAAGAAAAUGAUGGUUCAAGCGGAAGUACAUAAUGCACCCUCAAGAUCAAACUGGAAAAAUGCUAAUAAAGAUGUAGUAGAAGCAGAUGUUCACGAAGUACCUCGCAAAAUGAUGCACUCCUAUAACUACCAGCAUCAAAGCGAUUGGGAUAUCAUAGAGCCUAACGUUGCUUUUGCACGUAACACACCGGAUUUGUGA